CCUUUACCGCUUUCUAGUACUUUCAGUACUUUGAUUCGAUUAGCUACGCAUAAAAAAAUCCGAGGGGUUCCGAGUGACAUUUGGCGGGAAAGCGCAUCAGCAAGUUUGUCGUCUGAUGCAGAAAAUUUAUGUCGGCAUAAUAUUGAAGGUAAUUACAGGAGUAACGACACAACUUAUCGAUUGUCAAUAUUUAAGUUGUAAAUCAGACUUCGAUAUUAUCUUGGAAGCAAUCCCACUUAUCUUAAGCUUAUUUCAUUCCCUAUUUCUCCCGUUAUGACUGUCAGUGUUCUGUCUGUUAUUUGUCUUCAGUUUAUCUACAGUUUCUUGAAAUAUUUUACAGGAAAUUAUACUAUAAUUAUAAAUGAAAUGGCGGCGCAUAAUGCAAUUCAACUUGGGGGAAUUAAUGCCAACGACAAGCUUGGAAACGACUUACACAAUGCAGCAAAGCAAGGAAAUAGGAAACGGCUGAAGAAAAUUUUAACAACAGGUAUUCAGGUGGAUUACCCUAAUAAUCUUGGACAAACACCUCUCUUCUGCGCUUGCUAUGGAAAUCAAGAAGGAGCUGUUGAUGUUUUGCUUAGCUAUGGAGCCAACCCUAAUGAGAAAAGUGAUUCAGGUGCUACACCAGUGCAUGUUGCAGCUCUUAGUGGAAAUUUAAACAUACUCUCAAAAUUGCUUACACAUAAUGGAGAUCUACGACUUCAUGACAAGGAUGGCAGGACCACAAAAGACUGGGCUUUGAUGCAACCAAAUCCUAAAAAGCGUUUGCAAAUGAUUGAAUUUUUAGAAAAGACCAGAUUGUUUGCAUUGACCAGAUCUGGUCAUGAUUUUCGUGAUACAACUCACUCUGAACAUCCAAAUAGAAGCAGAAUGGCUCUGUACAUAAGGAACAACCCUGUAGUUAGAAUGUUUAAUGAAAAAAUUCGAGGUCAGUCAAGUGUCAACUUGGAUCAGCUGAAAAGUUCUCCGAGUCUCGGAUAUGGCAAGGUUUAUCAUGAUCAUCAAAGCAGUGGUGGGUUUAUGAGUACCAUUCCACUUGUAAAUGAAACUGUACUGAUUCAUGACCCAGACGGUACCACCUAUGAUAGUGGAAGUUUUGUUGUGAUGCAAAGCAUGCUUUGGAAGCAUACAAAAGUAACAGCCAAGAGGUUACACAGAGAUGUGGAUGCUGGAACAGAAGUUGAUUUGCUGAUUAAAGAAGCUGACUAUAUGGGAAAACUCAGACAUCCUUGUUUGUUGCUGUUGAUGGGAAUUUGUCAGACCAAUAACUUGGAUGGAAUUGUUCUAUUGUAUGAGAACAUUACAUUUGGUUCAUUGUACUACCAUUUACAUCAAAAGGUGGAAAAAAUGCAUACAAACCAGAUACUUGAAGUCUGUAGACAGAUCUGUAGUGCUUUGCUGUUCCUUCAUGACCAAAACUUAGUUCAUUGUUACGUAACCUCUCAUGCCAUUGGUUUAGUCAAUCCCCAUCAAGCCAAGCUUGGCAACUUUGAGUACAUGCUGGAAAGUGAUCAUUGUAACAUGGGAAAAACAAGUGCUGUUUCAUCCAAUCGCUCUGAUCAUGUUGCAUACAACUGGAUGGCUCCUGAAAUAAUGAAUCAAUGCCCACCAAGCUUUGCUUCUGAUAUGUACAGCUAUUGCUGUGUUGUGUGGGAAAUGCUCAAAUGUGAGAUUCCAUGGCAGAAAUAUGGGGCUGAAAAAAUUAAAAAGAAGCUUGUACAUGAAGCAGAAUCUUUGCCUGUUGACACUAGUCGCAUUCCAGAGAAGUACCAUGGCAUUCUGCAGUAUGGCCUCCAAAGAGAUCCCUUACACAGAUUGCUCAACUUCUCAAAUGUGCAUCAAAUUUUGCAGUUAUCUGAUCAGGAAAUAUUAAAGUACUUAAAGAUGGUUCUCCAAAAAGAAAAGUUUCGAAGUGAACACAAGAAAACAGCAAAUGGAAAGAGGUACAAACAUUUUGGAAAGCCACAGGAGUCUGCCUCAUCUGAUUCAUUGAAUGAAACAGUUUUAAGAAAAGAAAUGGCAGAUUAUGAUGAGGUUGAAAACAAAACAUCUGGAAAAAGGAAACCUAAAUGGUCCAAAACCUUAGAAGGAAAACAUGAUAACCGCAAUCAAAAUGGCUACAAAUAUGGAUGCAAUCCAAACAUGAGAUUUGUGGAUGAGAUGAACUUUACUCAUAAAAAUGUGUCUUGGAAACUUCAAGAAGAACAAGAGGGAGACAAAUACUACUACACAGUUGGAGUUAAAGGGUCACCAAACUAUCAGCAACAGCACAGUAGUCCACAGCCUUCACGCAAGCAUAACGAAAAACCACUGACAGAUAGUGAAAGUGAUCUCCGUCAAAGUGAUAGUCAAACAAGCGAAGAAGUUCAGCAUCAUGAGAUGCAGAAGCCUUUGGUUAGAAAAUACAGUUAUUUGGAAGCUGAACAAAGAUCUAGUCCCCCAAAAGGUCACUGUUCAGUAAAACCUGCUAGCCACUGUACAGCUGGAAACGUAGAAAAACCAGUGGAAAAACAGCUCACUACUGCCGGUAGUAUAUAUGCUUUAUACAACUCAUUUUAUGGUGAUGAUGGUUGCAAUACACCAGGAAAGAUUGAUGAAAACAAAAGGAACCCAUAUUCAACAAUGCCAAGGAAAAGAAAGAGAAUGGGGGCUACGCCCGACAUGAGACCAAGAGAAGAAUAUUGUCCUGGGAAAGGAAGUGUUAGAAAUUUGGUGGACCUUUUUCAGACCCAGGAGAGUUCACACAAGUUUCAACAAGCUGUUUUAUGUGGGCGUGCCAAAGAAUACACAGAGACCUCCUUACCAAAGUCUCCAGUACAGCCCAGGAAAAUAGAUUUUUAUGGAACAGAGGAAAAGGAAAAAGAUACUUGUUGUAAACCGCCAAGUCCAUAUAAGAAGGCUCCAUCAGCCCCUCCAUUGUAUCCAACCAUUGAAAGCAAUGUCAUCGCUUGUGAUAGCUUAACAACUGUCUCCUCAACCACCAGUGCAGGCCCUGACAACAAUCUGAAGGAAAGCAGCAGUGUGGAAUCUGCAGUGUUGGAUAGGUGGGUGUCGCAUAGUUUACAGAAUUGUCAGAAGUCACUCACAGAUGAAAUCUUUAAUGAAUUGGCACACAAAGCAGAAGAUGAGCUGAACGAGGAGUCAGCAAGAUCAAAGAAAAAUCACAAGAAAAAGAAGAAGAACAAAGCAAACAAAAAUAACAGGAACAAUGAAAAGUCAGAGAUAGAAGAGUUCUACUUUGAUGAUGAUUUGAGGAACAAAAAUAUAACUGAGGAAAGUCACAUGACACUACAAAAACCAUUUCUACCGGGAAAAUUGAUGCAGUAUAACAACAAAUUGAGGAGUUCCUUCCAAGACAUUCCCUCUAAUAUUCAUGAUUAUGAUCAUGUUGAGGAAAAUGGUAGAAAUACAAAACACUUUGGUUCUCCACCACGGCCAUAUCCAAGAUAUAUACCAGCUACAUCUGUAUUAGAGUAUCAGAAGAUCAAGAAAGAAUGUGAAAAAAGAGGAGCUUUUCAAAGUACAGUAGUGAUUCAGAGUAAUUCAAGAGAUCCUGAUUCACAUGUUGUGACACAUACCCUCACAGAUCUUGUUGAUGGCACUACCAGUACUCUGUAUGGAAAAAAGGUCCACGCUUCAGAUGUUAUAUCGGCCCAUUAUUCUCAGUACUGAGUCUGCCAAAUCAAUGUGUCUAGGAGACUCGAAAAUGAGUUUUCUUUUCGUCAUGUGUCAAAUAAAUUGAUGUAAUUUAGUGUGAAAUUUAUUAAUUAUAUAAAUCAAACAUGUUACUGUGAUACCUAUAUAAUAUGAUUCUACUUGAUAUUUAUUUGUGAUGUUUAGCUCUUUUGAGAUGAAGGCUCAGCGAGGUUUCCUGAUCAAAAUUUAUUAGAUGUCUUUAUUGAAAAUUUUCUGUACAUUUUCAACUUCUUCAAGUUUGGCCCUCUUAAAUAGUGGGGAUUUCUUGGAAAUAGAAUUUUGAAUCUUUUUCAAGAAUCAUAUAAACAGUAUGGUAAUGCUCAAGCCAUGUCCCUCAGAGGAUGAUGUUUCAAAGUUCAUCUUAAGAUAAAAACAGCUUUUCAAACCUUGAAAUGUCCAAAGACUGUCCAUUUAAAGCAGUAUGAGCUGCACUUUUUAUGUUGCAAAUUUUUAUUGUGAAACUGUUAUUCUCUUCUAUUUUAAAUGACAAAAGAAAUUAUAUGGAUUAUACAUGUAAACUUCUGUUAGUCAAUGUUUGGUUUUUUUUUGUUGUUUUGUUUUUGUUUUUUUUUUUUUUGGGGGGGGGGGGGAAUUCUUUUUUGGGGGAGAGGCUUUUUGAGAGUCCCUGUUGAGGUAAAAUUUUAAUAUUGUUGACCUGUAGAAAUUGUUUUGCUGUACAUAUACAUUGUACUUUACUUUGUAUAUAGAGAAAUCUGUCUUCAGACAAAAUUUGAUGAUUUCUUGUAAUUGUUUUGAUAAUAAAGGUAAAAGUUACAUGCAUACGUAGUUAUCAUGAUGGCAGGUUUUUGUAGAAAACAAAAUUCUUACUAGUACCGGUCAUAUUGCUUCAGUCUUAGUAUAAUACUAGUGUGCUUUUGAUUACCGGUAUCUAAUAUUUCUCGGGUGUGAGAUGUGGGUAUGGGUCGAUCUCUUGUUAUUGCAUUGUUAUACAUAUUAAAAUGUUGUUUUUUUCAUCAUGUUGACUCGUCAAAGAAACUGUGAUACUGUAUGAUCAAUUUUCUGUGAACAUGUUCACAGAAUCAAAUGCUCAUUCUCCUAUCUUUAAUAUGUUUUUGUUAAUUGUUAAGGUACUAAUAUUUAAUAAAUAUUUUUUUAAACAUUAAUAUUUGUUUUAUUUUAGGAGAAAAAUCAAAUUUUA